GGCACGGAUGGUGCCGCCGUUAGGGGUACCUGUACCUCCUUCAACGCCGCCUGCGACGGGCUUUAGGGGCAGGAGCUGUAGCAGCAGCCAGGGCAAGGGCGGCGGCAACAGGAGCCGCAGCAGCGGUGGUGGUGGUGACGACCACAACAGCCCAGCCCCAUUCCCGCCACCUGCUGCCGCUGCUGCUUUCACCACGGUUCGCCGGAGUUCCUGCUACCGUCCCGGCAUCGCCAUUUCCGGCGUCCACAGCCCCCUCCACAACACCCCCCACCCCGCUCCUCAUGCUGCUGCUGGGGCUGGUAUGGCCAUGCGCGCAGCCAUGGAUUAUGGCGGCGGCGACGCUCGCAGCGGCCUUGUUAGCAGCAACGGCGUGGGGCCUAUUGAAGGGGCCCAGCCACAGGCCCUGCUGGGCGACGCCAGCAGCAUCCCGGCUGACUGGUGGCUGCCGGAGCGGUUGGACCACGUGCACACCGACUUCCGCACCUGGCUGCUGGCCAUCCGGGGCAUGAUGGCGGACCUGAACAGCGCCAUGGCGGAGAUCCGGGUCAAGCUGGAGACCUGCUGCGAACACCCGGACUCCCCUGGUGCUUCAGACCCCGCCGACCCCACCACCACCGAAACCGCCCUUGACACCGCCCAUGCCCACACCUCCUCCUCCACGCGGCCAGCCCUCGCCCGCUCCUCCGCCUGCUGCUCCACCGUACGACGCGCCUCCCUGCUGCAAGCCCAACAUGCGGCUCUAGCGGAGCAGCGCAGGUCGCUGGCGGCUGCUGAGGCCUGUCUGCAGCGCAUCACACUCGCCAACCUGGACGCAUUGGACGCGGAAGAUGCAGGAGGAGAGGAGGAUGAGGAUGAGGAAGGCGGCGGGCAAGGAGGAGGAGGGUGGCUGGCGAAUGCUGCGACGAGCUUGGCGGCAGGGACGUCCCCCGGACAGCUCCGGAACGGCCGGACCGGUGCAGCCGGAACUCCUGCUGCAGCCAAGGCGACGGUCACAACGGCAGCAUUGGCAGGUCGCGCAGCAGCAGCGGCGAAUACCGCUGCUGCUGACCCAUGGGUCACUCCUGGGACCGGGAAUACAGGUGUACCGGGUGGAGAACAAGACGCUGUACAAGGAGGCUCUCCUGGUCUUCCUGCUGAGCCGCCGGACCUGCCGACGGGCGUCUUUGCGUCGGCUGUGGAGGCCGCCGCGGCAGCAGUGGCCGCAGCCGUGGCGGCGACGUCGGCCGUAGUGCAAACGGCUCCCUACCGUCAGAGCGGCGUCCACUACGUCACGCCAACCAUGGGCCCUCCCGGGCAGCAGGGCACCUCGUCACUGCCCAGGCCCCUGAACUCCGCCGGGAUGCGGCGGCAGCAGCUGCAGCUAGGGCCCCACCAACACCUGUCGUUGCAACAUCCACAUGCACUACACCAAACUGCAGCUGCUGCUGCGGCGGCGGCGGCGGCGGCAGUACACAGAAGCGCGUCCGUGCCCUUCAGCGGCCCCGGCAUGGGCGGCACGGGCGGUCCCGGUGGUGGUUUCGGUGGAGCCAGUAGCGGUGGUGGUUUCGGAGCGAUGACGGCUCUGCAGCGCAGCUUAGGCAGCAGCGGCGCCGAAGCCAUGAUGGCUGCCUUUCAAUCCCUAUCGGGCUUGCCGGGCUGGGCGGGCGGGCCGCAGGGGGGGCCUAGAUCUGCACCCUCGACGCCUUCGAAGCCCAUGUACGGCUUGCAACCGCACCCACCGUCAACGCCCCAAUACGACAACAACCUCCAACGGCUCAUGGCUGCUCGCUACAUCCGGAGCAGUGGUGGUGCACCUCUUCGGCCUACUUCCAGCGCUGACAUUCGAUUCUUAUCAGCACUACAACAGCAGCAACAGCGCUUCGGCUUUCCCAACGGUUUUCAACCGCAACCGUCAGCUGGCGCCGCCGCCGUUGCUGAGAUGGCGGCUGCAUGCAUGCAAGUCAACGGUCUAACUACCCGUCAAAGUACUAAUGGCGGCGGUAGCGGUGGCAGUACUGCGGGUAGCGGUCAGCGCAACCCUGCCGUACCCUAUCGGAGCAGUACCGGUGGAGGCGGCGUCAGCGGCGGCGGCGGUGUAAGAACUGCAGCAUCGGUCGCCGCAGCCGCCGCUGCAGCGGCGGCGGCGUGGGGCUUCGACAGUUGCGCUCCUGCGUAUCCAACGGCGCCGACGCUGCGGAUUACGUCAAUGGGGGGUAGUGCUCGCGGCCGCCGAGAGGGCGGCGCAACGCCGUCCGGAACGACCCAGGGGUCGCCUCCUGCGUCACUGAAGUCCACGGAGGAGGGUAAGAACACCGGCGUCGUGGGUGGUGAGUUCUGCGAUGGAGGUCAUGGUAGCGGUGACGGCGGUGGAGCUGCAGGUGGCGGCGGCAACGACAAUCGUAGUGGUGGUGCUGGUGGUGGCAACGUAACGGGCGAUAUUGACUGUGGCUGCGGAGGGCUUGGAGCUACCGUUGGCACCAACAGCGCUGGGGGCGGUGCCAGCAGCAAUACUGGUAGCAACACUGACGGCACUCGCAGCAGUGACACGAACGGCCGCGCCAGCGGGGGCGGGAGCGCCAACCCUGGAGCCGGCAGCAACGCUGGUGGGAGGAGCGGCAGUGAUACGGGCGGACUGGAAGCCGCUGUUGUGCGUCGUGCGCUGAGUCAGCCCGGAGGGCCCAUGAGGACCAGCCGACUGCAGCAGGGAGCGGUUGGAAGCAAUUCCCCGGCGCUUGCAGCAACCACCGUCCCACGGGUCGGCCCACAUGCCACGACCCGGUCCAGCGACGGUGCUACUAGUAGUAGCAGUAAUUCCUACUUAGGCCCUGGCGGCGUAUCAUGGGCGACGACGGCAUCUCAGCUGCAACAGCAGCAGACGGUGCAGGCGAGGACGCGAAUGUCGACGCCCAUGUCGGCAGGUGUACGGCGACGGUUACAUAACGCAGGUAGUUGGGUUAGUUGGAAUACGGCAGGGAGGCUGGGACUGGGUUCCGCACGAUUAGGCGGCCGGGCUGCGGACGGUAACAUCCGGGGGGCUAGCAACAGCAGCAGCGGCGUUGGUGGUCUUGAUGGGGGCGGCGGGGGCAGUGGGAGCGGGAGCGGCGCGGGGAGCGAGAAGGGCAACAGUCGCGGGAAGGCCGCCGGUAGUGCGUUACAUUUGACGAACGGUGUAAGUUGGUUGCUGCUCAAUUCGGAGCCGCUGAACUACAACUGAGGCACGUAACGACCCAUGGGUCAGACAUUGGGCGUGGGGAAGGCGAGCCAUCGUGGGUACAUCACAUGGCAAAGUCGUCGAUGCGAAUGUUGGAUGUUGCACGCCUUCAUGAAGCUUUUACACACCACAUUAAUGCAUUCAUAAUGGGCUUACGCUAGCGUGCUACAUAGCUGGCACUCCACAUGUGUAUGGUGUGUGUGUCGGUGACUUGUUAGGACUUGGUACCUUCGUACAAAGUGGGCUCAGCAAAGUUGCUUGGCUUCCUCGUUGACAGUUUGUGGCGGUGAAACCCCUGAAGACAAGGGUUAGCAGCAGGCUCGCAGCGGGCACAUGGGUUGCCUAACCAGGACCCCCCCCCUUCGCUCUCCUGCAUACAACGGGGGAGGAGUAGCAUAUAGCGUGUCAUUGGCACCCCUUGCGGCCCCUUGAAGGCAAUUAUGCGCGUGCGAGAGGAGGAGGGCACUUCAUCCCCCACUUCAUUCCCUUGCAUCGCCCGGGCAUGUGAACCCCUGGUUUACUAGUAUUGGCUGUGAGGUAUAUAUGUACUUGCGUGCGUCACAGCACAGCGUGCGUGCAGCGAUGCAAAUGUUUGUUGGGUCCUUUAUUACCUUGUCCUGGUCGUUUCCUGCUCCAUUGAUGUACUCCGAGCCCGAACGGAAAGGCGGCUGUUGGUUGCAGGGGUUCCCUACCUGCGCAGCAAUAACCGUGUGUGCUCGUGAUGAAUCAUUUUUGCACCCAUCACAUGCAUCGUGGGAACGAUUGUAUGACCCUGUCCAGUCGUACAAUUCGUGCCAAAGAAUAUUUACGGUUAUAAACGACAUGCCACCGGCUCGAAGCCCACAUGUCACUGUGCACGUCAUUAUCGUGUGAAGGAGUGUGGCGCUUGUCAAUUGUCAUGCAUGUGUUAUGCACGUGGGGUUGAUGCUGGUGGCGUUUAGGGGUCGGUGCCGUACAGCCCGCAGCCGUACAUGUCACCACCGUGUGGAGGUGUGUACGGCACGUGCAUGGAUGGCAAAAGAAAGAGCCGUACACUCAGGUGAAUGCACGGAGGGUGGCAUUACGAGAGCGGCUUCACUAACCGCCUCGUCACCAUUUGCCCUUGAAAGGCGCGCACCAUGUAACGCUCUGUACGCUCAUCAUCUCGUGUUGCUAUUACAGCCUUAUCAGUAGGGCCGCAAUGACACAGUUCCACUGUAAUACUC